AAUCAUCAUCCCUGGCAGUUGCCUCAAGCAGAGCAUCCACCUGAGCAUUUACUUGCAUCGGUCUGGUCGUCCAUUAUAUUUCUUCCAUCCGUAAUUUUUUUGCAUCCUUGAUAACCCAAGAUACUCAGGCUGGUUGUCUAACUCCUCUAAACACCCUUUUUCUCUGGUAAAAAUGCUUUACGACCCGACCACUGCAACCCACCUAAAGCCCUGGUUGGUUCGAACUCUGGAGCCAAUAUGUGACGCGGAGCCUGGGGCGCUUUCUGAAUACAUUCUCGCUUUACUGAAGCACAAUGUCCCGGAAAACGAGAUGAGGAAGGAGCUCAGCUCCCAGCUGGAAGAGUUUUUAGAGAAAGAGGGACCCUCAUUUAUAGAUACAUUAUUCACUGUUCUCAGAACCAAGUCGUAUCUCCCUUACACGGCCGGCGACCCAACAAGUUCUUUCUCGUUGCCCUCACAUCCUCUGUCCGCAGACACUGGGAUUCCUAUACCUCUGGAUGCUCUCCUAUCCAAUCAUUCACCGACGGACAGAGGGCAGAAACGAUCGCUGGAACACGAUGAACGUGACGGGCGCCCGCCCACGAAAGGUGCUCGGUUGAGUGCAGAAGGUCAAUUUUCACGGUAUUCCAACGGUCGUGACUCUCGCUCUACCGGUGCAUGGAGUGGUGGCCAAAAUAGGGCUGGGGGCCAAGGAAUGAUGAUGAAUGGAACAGUGGGUAGCGGUCUGAAUGGGGGCAAUCAAAAUGUGAACACCCGACGACCGCAAAAUUAUCAGCCCCCAGACCAGAGAAAAGGGAUAUGUCGUGAUUAUCAUAAUAAUGGAUAUUGUGCUCGUGGUGCACUAUGCAAGUAUAGUCACGGCGAUGAUGCUUUCGUCCCAUCACAGAUGUUUUCUAUGAAUGGCGCUGUACCAUUCUUACCAAUGUUUGGCGGAAUACCUUUCGGCAUGGGUCAAGGUGCCCCCUAUGACCCACAUGAAGCACGCAUGGAUAUGCGCCCGAAUGGCGCCGGCAUCGGCAUGGGUCGUGGAACGCAACGUGCACCUCUACUCCCCAGAAAUCCGCAAGAGGACGGCAGUCAAGUUCCUCACGCGGCAGACAGGUCUGGUGAACUGCCGGUCAUACAGGACCUAACUCCUCAGCCGCCUCCAGACUCUGUACCGCCGACUGCAUUGGCUGGAGAUCGCAUUCCGCAGAGUUCCACACCUAUGCAGCAGCAACCAAUUCAACCCAUGGACGUGGAGAUGGGUGUUCCAAGUGUACCUGGACCCUCGACGUACAACACACGUGGCGGGUUUGGAGGGGGGAUGAGGGGUGCACCUCGUGGGCGAGGGGUUUUUGGUGGUGACGCGCAGACUUUCCGUCCAGAACGACGGCAAGAUAAAACACUCGUGGUGGAAAAGAUUCCAGAGGACAAGCUUAGCCUUGACGCUGUCAAUGGUUGGUUCAAGCGUUUCGGGACAGUCACCAACGUUGCAAUCGAUGCUCGCAGCGCCAAGGCACUCGUGAGUUUUUCUGAACACACUGAGGCUCAUGCUGCAUGGAAGUCGGAGGAUGCUGUGUUUGGGAAUCGGUUUGUAAAGGUCUUUUGGCAUCGGCCUAUGGACGGACAUGGGCAAACAGGAUCACGAAUGCUAGCGGCCUCCGCGCCACUAUUGGCCAACCUGGCUGCGCGUGACACCCCCAUGCCUUCUGCACCAUCCCAGCCUCCUGUGCCGCCCGCCGCGACUCCUGUCCGUAAACAGCCCCUUCCGUCUACCGCCGUCUCAGAGCUAGCAGCGAAGCAGAAGCUACUGGAGCAACAGAUCGCGGAACAGAAGUCGUUAAUGACCUCAUUAGAGACCGCUUCUGCCGAGGAGAAGAAAGGGAUCCUAGCAAGAUUGCGGAAGUUGGGAGAAGAGAUGACGAUUGUGUCAGUACCGCCACCGUCGGCUACCAUCGCCAAGGUUCAUUCACCUGCACCUGUCUUGACUACUGAGAACGAUCACGAGAAGAAGGAGAGAGAACGGUUGGAUAAGGAGCUUGAGUUGCAUGCCGUUGGGGAGUCUACGGAGGAUCUUAAGGCUAAACUCGCCAAACUGAGGGAAGAAGCAGCAAGUCUUGGGAUACCGGAGACAAAUGCUGAAGUCUCGUAUGGCGCGCCGUAUCGUGGAUACAGAGGUCGCGGUCGUGGCGCACGUGGCGCGUUCUUCCGCGGAGCACCGCGAGGUGGUCCUCCUAGGGCAAGCAUGAAACUUGAUAACCGUCCAAGGAAGCUGUUGGUGAAGGGUGUUCGUGAAGACAGUCUGCAGGCAUUGCGAGAUUGGUAUGAAACCACCGGUCAACUCGAAUCAACAGAGAUCAUUGGCGAUGAUGAAGUUCUCGUCAGUUUCAAGACGAGAGCAGCUGCCGAGCAGGGUUUUGCCAAAGGACCCACCGUAGCCGCAGUAGGCCCAGUGAAAAUUUCAUGGCACAGCGCCCAGCAAUCACAAACAAAACCACAAGGCGUCACCGCCCCUCCAUUACAAUCCGCCCCCACAAAAGACGUACAUCCAGAUGAUACGCGGAGUACUUCGCCGCCUCCAGGACGCCGUCCCUCCCCUCGUCCACAAGAAGAAGAAGUCAUUGCCAGUGGAUGGGGUGACGGUGAUGAAGAUGGUAUGGGUAUGUUUUGAUCGUACAGAUUUUACGAUGCUUGGAAUUGUCUUUGUAUUGUACUCGGUGCCGGUAUAUUUUAAUCCUGCUGGCGGCUCGACAAAUCUUCCUGGAAUCUCAAAGUUCACUGAGUUCUAAGUUACACACUGAUUAUCACUCGAUUUUUGCCUGCCCAUCAGUCAAUCAUGAAUAUUGAAUCGUGGUCUAAUUUUUUGAGGAAGUGCGACAGUGGUCCGUUUCCGCUUCCUCAAAACUGCCGCACUUUCGAACAUGCUAUGGUCCAGCUAGCUGAUCACAUACUUUUCAUUGCGCAUUCCACUCUACAACAGGUUCCCGCACACCUAUUUAACACCGUCCCCCUGAAUUCAACUUGAUAUCAUCUGAAUUCUUCGAUUCGUUACAAUACUAUACUAUGUACC